ACAGACUCGACAAACCCCAGAAUAUCUUCAUUCUUCCCGUAUGGCGACAAGUAUUGUGGAGCAUUCUUUUUGCAGGAAUGGUUGUGGUUGCAACAGUUGGCAAUCUCGUUGUGAUAUGGAUCGUGCUAGCACACAAACGGAUGAGAACCGUUACGAACUAUUUCAUUGUGAAUCUAUCGUUUGCCGAUGCUAUGGUUUCAACAUUGAACACAACACUCAACUUUGUAUACAUGUUGAAUUCUAAUUGGCCUUUUGGAACUUUGUUCUGCAAAAUAUCACAAUUCGUUGCUAGUCUUAGUAUAUGCGCUUCAGUAUUCACGCUAAUGGCAAUUGCUAUUGAUAGAUACAUGGCAAUCAUGAAUCCACUCAAGCCGCGGAUGGGAAAGCGAGCAACUCUUUGUAUAGCUGUUUCGAUAUGGCUGGGCAACGACAAUGUGAGGGUUGUUUGCUAUGCUGAGUGGCCCGAUGGUGCUACAAAUCACAGUCUACAGGAAUAUGUAUAUAACGUAGUUUUUAUGUUCCUAACAUAUUUUCUACCCAUCGGUUCUAUGACGUAUACAUAUGCGAGAGUAGGACUUGAGCUUUGGGGAUCACAGAGCAUUGGAGAGUGUACGCAAAGACAAUUAGAUAAUAUUAAAAGUUGUGCUUAUGAUGAUGAUCGUAGUAAUAAUUUUCGCUGUUUGUUGGGCACCGCAGAAUAUUUAUUUCCUGCUAACAUCAUAUUACCCAAACAUAACAACGACAGAGUAUAUCCAAGAAAUUUAUUUAGGCAUCUACUGGCUGGCAAUGAAUUCCGGCGCGGCUUCAAGCAAUUUUUCCGCUGUUGUCCGUUUGUUCAUGUAGGACCGGAAGUUCUAACAAGACGGGAAGUCGUCACAUCUAGAUAUUCAUGCUCCGGUUCUCCAGACCACCACCGAAUUGUGAGAAAUGAUACGGAGCGCUCAUUCCUAUAUUCCUGUUCAGGGUCGCCAAAAAGUCAUCGUAAAUCACAUGGUUCUGUUCGAAUUCCAUUGCAAAUGACAAAGUGCAAUCAUGGAACAAACUCAACUUAUAUCACCAUGAAUUCUUUUAAUAAUAACAAUCUAACGGUGCCGAAUGUCAAUGAAGAGACCAAUAUUACAACUGAUAAUCUUCUUUUACAAUCGUCGACAUCACCGAACACAACACAACAUUGGACGAAAAAUUUAAAUGGAAACAGUCAGCGGUCAUCAUCCGCAUCUUGACGUGCUAACAAAACGAGUUUAAAUCUUAACUUGAGCGAUAAUGGCAAAGCCACAAAUCAAAACACAACGGACGACCUGACCCCUGUCAACACAAACAAUGGCCAAAAGAUAUUGCAAAGUCCUUUUGACUGUCCUACGAGGUAUCGUAAAACAUGGAUAUAAAUCAAUUUAAUGGGUUCCCACGCCUCACUGACUCGCUUUUUGACAGCCCACUUUUCAAUUUUGAAAAGUGAAAUUUGUAGAUGAAAGUGUUUAUGUAGCCAAAAAAGCAUUGAGGUGACAAAGUACCGCUUCCAGUUCCAUACGCACCGUUUAUUGAUGUUCACAUAAAUGACCAAAGCCAUUAAUAAAACAGAGCUCAUAUUCUGUUAAGUGUUUUAAGUCGAUAACUGGAUCUUGAUAUUGAUACAAAUAAAUUUGUGUCGAUAAAAUCAAUUGAUUAAAUGGAACUUUCUAGUGACGCUUUUCACAUUUUGUUUAAUAAAUUCAAUUCUUGUCAUUUUUGACUCUUGAUUAAUCUUUCGUCGUCUCGAUCCUUUGAGACAUUCAUCAGUUUACGCUUCAACUGCAUCAAGUUGAAUGAAACUUUUUGAAGAAGAACUUUCAUGUCAAGAAUAUUUUAUUUGGAAAAAGAAUAUCAGCAAUUUGUUUUACAACGUGGGCGAGUGAUGCAAAUUGUUGUAUAUUGAAUUACUGAUUGUAAUCAGUUGAAAGUCAAUCACUGAGAUGCAACAGUGAAUGCAAAUAGAAUAAAAUAAAAUAAAAAUCAUUCGAAAGACAAUAUUUUCACUCG